CGCUGCGGCUCGCCCCGCGGCGGCAGGAGGUGGGCGCGGACGGCGGCAGGCGCUGCGCGGCGGCUGCGCCCCGCGCCGCUAUAUAACACCCGCCCGCAGCCCCGCGCCGCCGCCGCUCCCGCCCGGGCAGCGGGGAGGAAGCACCGGCGCGGAGCCAGGUUUCCACUCUGGGAUUGUCUUCUAGGGGCAACUUCCACCAAUGGAAGUAAAACUUGUUUUUCCAGCACUCUGGAUAUGCUGCCAAAGUGACAGGUGACAGCUCUGCAGCUCUUGUCGCCUUGUGGACUGGUAAGAGCAGUAAGGAGAACUGUGUGAUGCCCUGUGCUUAGGCGAUAUUUUCUGGGCAGCGGUCACUGGCUUUCCCUGCCGGCGCAGCAAGGGAUCUGUGAGCGGUGGCUUCCUGGCAGGAUUGUGGGAACAGCACCAAAACCCCGGGCACACAGUGUGCAGGUUUCAUGCUCCGAAGCAGAGCGACGCCAAGAUGAUGCCGUCUCCUGAAGCACCUGGCCUUGACGGUGCCAGAAGGAUUUUUUCCACGUGAGGUUUAGAUCUGACGGUGACCAUCCAAGGAGGAUGCUUGGUUGGCUGGAGUAACUGGCUGUCAUUCAGAGGAAACUUGACAGAUCUAUUUUGCUUUCGCUGAACCUCUCUACCACGUCAUAAAGAUUUCUUGGGUCCAGAAGCUUCACUGAAAACGACUGAGCAGCACAAAAAUGUGACUCUGACAAAAGGCUCCAAGCUUUUUGACAAGGAGUUUUCUACUGAUCAGUUUGUAAUUUAAAGGUGUAACUGAAGCUUGAAUAAUAGUUAACCUGAUAGUGGACAAAAAGCCUUCUCAUUAAUUAGGACUGCCAGUCCUAAUUAAUCCUCCUAAAAAAGCAGUCACCUGAAGGUUCAAAAUGAGUGCUCCAUUAAUUCCAAACAAGUCAUGUUACACUCAGCUUCAAGACAACCGCAGUGAAAUAAAAAAUAAUAAUGAAAGCAUAGUAAACGUGGGGGAUACCAACGCCAACCAAAUUGUGACGAAAGUUAGGACCACUGAAGGUGAUACCAAGAAAUGUGGUUUGACAGAUGAGAGUGGGAAUAUACAUCCUGGGGGAUCAGAAAAAGUUACUCAGCUGAGUACAGAGCAGAAUAAACUUCUGGCCUUUAAAGAGUCUCAGACCUGUGACACCAGUGUACAGGAAAGUAAGCUGUUCCCUACCUCAAACAGGGAAAUGGGAAAAGAUGGUAGGACCAGUGAAGCAAGGGAUAUAUCAAGGCAUAUCAGGAUCAGCCGAGGACAAAGUCUGUCCAAUUUGAAAAGCAGCACAAAUGAUGCCAACCUAGGGGUUGUUUCAAAAGGCGAUACUGACUUUACCCAGAAUUUUUCUAAGGGUAAAGUGGCGAGGACUGUGGAGAUGGAGAGAAUAAAAAGGCUUUCUUUGGGAAGACCUAGUAAGUUUUCUGCUCAAACCGAAACAUUUGCAAAAGAAUGUGUUGGCCGUGUUUCGUGUAAACGUUUGCUUUCGGCCUCAUUGGAUUCCAUUGACAGGUCACACCAUUUGAUUGGAAAUACAGAGAAAUCACAAAAAACAUCCACAGAUCAUUUUCUCGGGAUGGUGUUUCAUCCACUUGACAAUACCUCAGAGGAAAAUAUUGUGUUUCAUUCUAAACCGUCUACCUCAGGGAACAAGAAAAUAUCUAAACCGGAAAUCCAAAUGGAUGUGCAAAAUGUACCAAAUGUUAACACUGACAGCACACUGCGAACUUCUCAUGCUGAUCUACAUUCAGCUAUUAAGCCCAAUGAGAUUGCUAGUAAAUCAGAAGCGCAAUUAGGUGAGGGUGAUAAAAGUAAAAAACUGGAGCUUAAGACCAUACCAUCUCUACAAUCUAAAAACAUAUGUCAACAAAAGAUUGAGAGAAUUAUGCUUGUAGAAUUUCUGGGAUGUCAAAAAGAGGAAAGUACAAUAAUGCAAGAAAAGAAAGGUUCCGGAUCUGAGGUAUUGAAAUUUCAAGCUUCCCAUUUUCCAGACAUCUAUAAUAAAGUAGAGGAUCCAUUGUCAAGCCAGGUGGUCACCCAGCCCGAUGACAAAUUGCUAAGUGAUGACAACACCAUGCAUGGGGCAGGAGGAGGAAGCAGUGGGAGUGACAGCAGGGCAACCAUUAGUGAGGAAUAUUUCACUGACAAAGAAGUGGAAUCAGUAUUCCCACUCACUUGUGGUAGCAAAUCCAGUGGCAAAGAAACACUUAGAAAAAAAGAAAAUUUACGUGAAGUUGGCACAGUUUGCCCUGAAACAGUUGGUGAGCAAGUAUCUCUUAUACAUAACAUUCAUCUACCUGAGAGCAAACCCUUGAAAGGUAAUGAGAAUAAACUGAUGCCAGUCAAAGGAAAUAGUGAAGAUGCUGCUGUACCGACUUCUGAACUCUCAGAUCAGCCCAGAGUGCUGAGUGCAGAAACGGUGUCAAAUGAACAGUGUAGCAACGAGGAUAGUGAUGUGGAAAUCUCAAGCUUUUCAGUUCAGAGUAAAAAGACAACUAUUGCAAAGAAACACCUUUCAUAUGAAGCACCAGAGAGCUAUAAGAUUGCAGCGAAGGCUGAUGGCUUUUUAUGCGUUCCAACUCCCUUGCGCCCAGUGGCAACUCUGAAUGUUAAUAAUCAGCCUGCACUAUCAAACAGUAAUCUGAAGGACCUUUAUGCACUUCAUGUUGACAAACUGUCACCCUCCUCAGUCCUACCUCCCAUUGACAGCACGCAGUUGUUAAGCAUAUCCCCUAAAGUGCCUAUCAAGACUGUUUGCAGCAGUGCAAUCCCCAAACCUAUCUUGGUCCAGUCCAAGGGCUCCCUUGCAGAUAAAGCGGAUGUGGACAGUGACUGCAGUGAAAAGCUGGAAGAAAGCAUCGAGAUGAAGCCUGCCAUACCCAAGCCCAAACAUGUGAGACCUAAAAUCAUCACUUACAUUAGAAGAAACCCUCGUUCAAUAGAGCAGCUUGACCCUUCGUUUGCCUCUGCAGGGCUGUCGUACAGCACCCCAGCAUGUGGCAUGCGCAUCUCUAAGGAAGAGAAGGAAUCAAAUGGAGGCGAUAUAAAGCCCCCCAGCAUCCUGUAUGACAAAUUUAAACCUGACCUCCAGAAGCCAAGGAUCUUCAGUUCUGGACUUGUGGUGUCAGGAAUUAGGCCCCCUGGCCAUCACUUUGGUCCGAUGAGUGAAAAAUUUCUGCAGGAGGUUGGAGAAAGGCCCGUGAAAGAUGAAUUUUGUCCUCCACCAUAUACUCACUAUGAGGUCCCACCGAGUUUUUAUCGAUCUGCCAUGAUACUUAAGCCACAGUUAGGACUGGGCGCAGUUUCAAGGUUACCAUCUGCAAAGAGCAGGAUUCUUAUUGCAAGUCAAAGAUCCUCAGGUAGCUGUCUCCAUCAGCCAGGAGAAAUGACAAGUGCUCCCAGCCUCUAUCACCCUGAUGCUUCAGUUGAUCUUAAAAAAGGCCCAUGUCCAAAUGCUGCAAAGUCAAAUCUCCCCAAGCCGUGUCAGUCUGGACUUCGUCCUCCUGGUUAUUCACGGUUGCCGGCAGCUAAGCUGGCAGCCUUUGGUUUUGUCAGGAGCUCAAGCGUAUCCUCUGUCUCAAGCAACCAGUCAAAUGACAGCACUCAGAGCGAUCAGACCAAGACCACCAACCGUUCCAAUUUUGGAAACGAAGAACAAACCACUCCUAAGGCAGCUGCUCCUUCUAAAGAUGUACCCAAGGGGAGCAGCAAGAAUGCAACACAGGUAUCCAGCAGCACAGCGACUCCACGCAAGAGCUUACUGCCAGCACCAAAAGCUACCACAGCACCUGCUGGUUUGAAGAAAGAAGUACAAAAAGAUCAGGAUGCCAACAGACCAGCUGUCUCAUCCCCAAAGAGAUUAGCAGUAUCAGCCACCAAGCUCCAUUCACCAGGACAUCCCAAACAAAGGUCAACCACUCCAAAGAAUGGAUUCUCCCCAAAACCAGGAGGAGAGAGUCGAGAUGCUGAAAAGCAGUUCAUCCAGAGGCUGAAGGAGAAGUGUGACGAGCAGUCCAGGCAGUUGAGCAGUAUUCGGGAUGAGCUUAAAAGGGCCAGCUGUGGCUUUGCUGUCUUUGCUAUAACAACACAACACUUCUUCAGGCAGAAUGAAAGUGCCCUUGUGAAAGAAAAGGAGUUGUCAGUGGAGCUUGCAAACAUCAGGGAUGAAGUGGCCCUCAACACAGCAAGAUGUGAAAAACUACAAAACGAGAAGGAGGAGCUGGAGAGGCGAUUUGAGGAGGAGGUGAGGAAGCUGCGCUGGCAGCAGCAGGAGCAGCUGCAGGCACUGGAGCAGCGGCUGCAGGCACAGUACGACGCCGAGAUGGAGCGCUUGCAGGAGGAGCACAGGCUGCAGCUCGCACAAGCCAAGUGUCAGCAUCAGGAGCAGGUGGAAGAUAUCGCAGCUACACACGAAGCUGCAAUGUUAGAGAUAGAAAAUAACCACACAGUCGCCAUUGCAGUACUGCAGGAUGAGCAUGACAGCAAGCUUCAAGAACUGAUGUCUGCUCACAACCUGGAAAAGAAAGAAUUAGGAGAGAGUUUUGAAAAACUACGGCUGUCACUCCAGGACCAGGUAGACACCCUCACCUUCCAGAACCAGUCACUUAAGGACAAAGCAAAGCGAUUUGAAGAGGCUUUGAAGAAAAACACUGAGGAACAACUGGAGAUUGCAUUAGCUCCAUAUCAGCACUUAGAAGAAGAUAUGAAUAGCUUAAAACAGGUUCUGGAAAUGAAGAACCAUCUGAUUCACGAACAGGAGAAGAGGAUUAUGGAGCUAGAAAAACUGGCUGAAAAAAAUUUAAUCCUGGAAGAAAAAAUCCAGGUGCUGCAACAGCAGAAUGAAGACCUCAGAGUCAGAAUUGACCAAAAUACCAUCGUAACAAGGCAGUUGUCAGAGGAGAAUGCUAAUCUUCAAGAAUACGUCGAGAAAGAAACAGAGGAGAAGAAGAGGCUGAGCAGAACUAAUGAAGAGCUCCUUUGGAAGCUGCAGACUGGAGAGGCCAUGAGCCCUGUUAAACUCUCUCCCACAUCUCCUACUCCUAUUUAUCGCUGCUCAUCAGGGCCUCCCACUCCAGCAAAAGUCAGCACUGUGCCGAGAUGACAGUGCCACCUGCGUGCUCAAGAUAACCUGGCUUUUAUGCGUGUUUCCAAUCUGCUGAAUGUUAUCAUCCAAGGAAGUAUUGCCAACAAUACGCACACAGGAUUCGUUACUGCAAGCAUGCUCUGUAGCUGCAUAGCUUUACACUAGGCAGUGUACUCUUACAAUCCCGGUAUAGGAGCUCCUGGUUCCGGCAUGCUGAUGUGUUAGGAUAGCAUAACCAGUCUAGUAUGAUGUGUAAACAUUUUAACUGUGGUUAGAGCCAAAAGAAGGAAAAUACUACUACUAAUGGUUCGUCAGAAUGAACUUUCGCUGCAGUAUUUCAGGUUAGUUACAAACACAGUUCAAGUUGUGGGUAUCUCUAUAUGUGUGUCUGUGUUUAUAUACAUGUAUGUAUUGUACCUUUAUACCUAUAUAUAGACGCACACACAUAUAUACGUAGUUGAAGAUGUUCUGAAUUGCAUUUUUUAUAUUAUUGGAUACUAUUAAGUGCUGAUAUAUUUUCAUUACAGUCAGCAUUUUUCUAACUCGUGCCUAAGACUUGUAUCUAAACAAAAUGCAUUUCUGUUUGGCCUCCCAGGAAUAUUUCUACCCAAACUAGAAGAAAGUUACACAGAAGUAGAAGCGCCUUGCAAAUGACCACCAAGUGGUACUCUAUAUAACGUGAACACCAGCGACUUUGAAAUUCUGAAACAGUACUGCCUUCAAAACCAUCACCUUUGUAUCGAACACCAGAUAGGAUACAUAUACCAUUCUCUGAUUUUUAAUUCUUAGCAUCAAUAUUGUGAGUGGAUAUAGGCUAGAGAAGAGGAACCUGAGGGUUUUAGUGAAUUUGGUAGAGGUUACUGGUUAACAUGUUUCAAUCUUAGUGACUUUAAAUCUUACUUAGAUCUAUCUUGUUUUAACUUGAUGUGUUUUGGAUACAAUCAAAAUCUCUGGCUGUAGGUUCCUGUCCAUGUUGAUUUAUUUCAAAUCCAAUAAGCAAGAAGGAGAAAACAAAUUGCUCAUACUUUGAUCUUUGCUGGCCAAGAGGUUCCCAGUAUUGGGACCAGAAACGGGAGUGCCUGCUAGGGCUCUAGCUUCCUCCUGGCUGAAACAGCAAAUGAAACACAUAGGACUACAUGGGAGCAAACAAGGUCAGAUUUUUUCCUUCCAUAUUUAUAUAUUAUUUCACAUUGCCAAAUUUUACCCAAAGUUACAGAGCACUUUUAAGAUUCGUGGAAGAGAUUUGUCAAACUACCUUUAACUUCUUUGCCUUGUAGCAAAAAAAUGUGCACCCAUUUCCCUUGGCUUUCCCCCCCCUCUCCCCAGGGCACAGCUAUGCCACAUGCGUGGGCUGCAGAAGGGGCUGCAGCGGCCGGUGCUGCACGUGUCUGGCUCCAAAGGGCUGUUCCUGUGCAGACCGUGACUUUCCCAGGGGUACAGCACCAAGGAUGGGAAACAGCUGGUCCAAACCCUCACGACGCCAAGCAGAGUCUCUGUCGGAAAGAGCUAAAGGGCCCCCGCUGGUGCUGUUAGCAAGCAUGGGGCUGGCAAUGGGCUGGUUAGGAUUAGAUUAGGCUGGUGUGGAAGUGUGUGCUGUAGCACAGCUCUUGCAGUUGACUCUCCCACCCGUAAGAGAGAAAAAUCCCUUAGCAUAAUUCAGAAAAAGAAGAUCUAUGGGAUGCUUUUAUAUUCAGCUUGUGGCCAAGAACCUGCAUAUGUUCCUGCUUUGAGCAGUAGGAUCUAAGUAAGCGAGAGACAGUAUGUGCAGAAAAUACAGGAUGUGGGAGCGCUGCGAAAGAGAGUGGCUCUCAAAUAAGGGGGGGGGGGUGUGUGUGUGGUGGAUCAGGUGCAUAGACACAGGCACACCCAGGACUCGUGUGAGCAGAGGUGGGGUUCAGUGGUGCUGUAGUACAUGAGAACUGAGGCUCGGCUUUCCUGGGAAGUACUCAGGAUUCACAGACUGCAGCUUAGAUACAGCUUCAAUCACCGUCAAAGCGUCUGUGGCCCAUUCCAUGACAUAAAAAAGAUGGGGUUUUUUUCUCUUUUUUUAAGAAAAAUUUAUUUUUGUAGCAGCUUUUGCAUGAUACUGUGAUACUGAGUAAAUUGAGCAUCUUGUUAGAAUAGAUCAUGCCACGCCGACUACCACUGUUGAAAUGCAUUACUAGAUUUUAAUGUGUCCAGCAAGUAUGACCUGAAAGUAGGAUAGAUAUUUAACAUGCACAUAUGCACACAAAGCCCCACCUUGCCAAGUAUAAUUUUAAUCUCUUUCA